UCAUGCAGUCUUAUCAAUUGUUGUCAAAGAUAAUUUUAGAGUUGUUUUACUAUAUAAAUCAGAUGCUUUCGAAAUAAAAAUUAUUCCGAAAUACUUAUUUAUACUAUUGUUCUGUAACUUGAAAAUAUCCGAAGCACUUCAUCAUGAAGGUACUACUUGCUGUCGUUGGCGUCCUAUGCUUGGCAUCAUUGGCUGCUGCUGAGACGUGUGGCUGGGGAUCUUACCCUGGAGUUGGCAGAUGUUGUUACGGUGAUAGUCAGGUCUACAAGUGCGCUCCGUUCGACAAUGCUGUGUGUUGUCCUGGUGGAGACUACAGUUGUCCUCCAGGAAAAUCUUGCGUCAAAAUUCUUUGGUGGUACAUUUGCGUAAAUGCUAUGGCACUUUGCAGCGACGGAAGCUACGAUUUUCAAAAGGGUCUCUCGGAAGCGCUGAUGAAUGCUAAGAGAUAUGCUUAGGAAAUACAAAAGAUGUUACUGAAAUGUAUUUAGAAUGUAUAUAAGAUAUUUAUAAAUGUCUAAGAAACGACAAGCAAUAAAGGACUUGUUUUCA